AUGCCGAAACACCAGAAGUCCCUGACAGUGGGGAAGACCGCCAAGGUACCAGCGAAGCAUGUCGAGGCGGAUCUCAUGUUCUGGAGGCGCCCGACGGUCGACGAUGACGUCAAAUGCCAAUCCAAGGGAAAUACUAAGAGUAUUACCAAUGAGCAGCGCACAUUGAAUGGCGCACAUAGAGUGACCGUGCAAGAUAUCCGAGGACAAGAGUCCGCAUUCACACUCGAUAGAAACGGUUUCACGUACGUAAACCACGAGGUCACGGAACUCAACCAAGUAUACAACCCACAAUGCAUGAAGGAGAUAAUCAUCCCCGAGACCGAGCAAUUAGUCCGUGACAUGUCAGUUGAUCCCCAGUCGACGUCGACAAACAAUUCAGAACUGAACCGAAGCAGAACGGGAGCGAGUAGGACAAUCACAUUCGUGGACCGGGUCCGCUGUUUCGCAACCGACACAGCACAACUCGCGAAUAACCGCUCACCAGCACACAGCGUGCAUUCAGACUUCUCCAUUGCGGGGGCAUUACAUCAACUGUCGACGAGAAUGCCCGAAGAGUGCAGACUGCUCACCAGUCGGGUGCUGAUUAUCAAUGUAUGGCGACCAUUGAAGACGAUCCAACGGGAUCCGCUGGCAGUUUGUGACUGGAGGACCGUGGAGAUGAAGGACCGGAUCACCAGUCGAAUCGCAUUGCCCAGUGGGUGGACUGAGCUGGGGCGGUAUGCGUUCAAUCCCCGGCAGAAUUGGUGUUAUUUGAGCGGUCAGCGGCCCAAUGAGCCGCUCGUCUUCACUCAAUUCGAUAGCCACCGCAUCGAUGAGGGUGGUUUUACUGUCCCACACACAGCCUUUGUUGAUCCGCUGUAUACGGGAUUUCCUGCCCGUGAGAGUCUGGAGAUUAAAAUGUUUGCGUUUGUAUAG